UGCGCCGUCUGCAGUCGCGUGGGUUUUAUGUAUUUAUUAUUUAUUUUGUUUAUAAUUUGUGGAGUCCGGGGGAUCUCGGUGAGUGACUUUAUGUGUGAAGGACUGGGGUAGAGUUCACCAGGUCCAGGAACAGACCUGAUCACAAAACGAUAUUAACGAUUGGAAAUAAAGCUGAGAACUAUGGAGCAGUUCCAUGACAUAGAUAAAGUCUGUAGAGCUUGCUUAAGUGAUGACAGAGAGAAUGCAUCCAUUUUUGGGGGUGAAAAUGAAAUUAAUUCCAAGGGAGUGCAAUUGUGGAGGAUAUUGGAGCUCCAUGGGGGCAUUGAGGUGUUUAGAACUGACGGAUUGCCUCAGAGAAUUUGUUCCAAGUGCAUUUUGAAGCUUAAUGUGGCUCACAGUCUCUGGGAACACUGUCAAGAGGCGGAUAAGAAGCUCAGGAAACUCCUGAGGAAGUCUCCCGGCGAAAGAGAUCCUGCUUUUCACCAAAACCUCUCAAACAAUGACUUCUCAAACCCCCUAAAAAUCCUAGAAACUGAUGACUCCAUCACCAUAAAAAACGAAGGGCCUCACCUCGAAAAAAUCCCUCCACAGCCCUCAGAAAAUCUUCAACCCCUUUCCCCUUCCCCCACAUCUGAAACCCCUGACACCGUCCAGAAGAAUUCCGCAACUCCCCUAGACCACUCCAAACCCUCAUCCCCAGGUGCAAAACCUCCGGACCCUUACCAGCCCUCCUUCCCCUCUCAAAUCUCCGAAAAGACCUUCCAGGGACGCCUCAACCUAAUUAAACACUUGAACCCCCAUGAGAAACUCCCCCUCAUCGAGGUCGAUUGCCUCCAAAACCAGAGUCAACUCUCCAAGCCCUUGAAUUCCUUUCAAAAACCCUCAGAACCUCUGGAGAUAAUUCUGAAGAGUCACCAGCCCCUCGAGAUUAAUUCCUCCCCCCCCAAAGCCCUUGAAAUCCCCUCGGAAAGAAAAUUCACCUGCGCCUCCUGCUCCCAAUCCUUCAAAACCAAGAAGUCCCUCAUCAAUCACAACACGAAACUCCACUCGAAGUCCCCAGAGGGUCUCGAGGACCAGGAGCACAAGUGCGAGACCUGCAGCAAGACCUUCAGAACCGAACUCAAGCUCCAGAGGCACCAGAAAACCCACGAGGCCCUGAAAAAUCCUGACUUCAGGAGAUUCCUGUGCCACAUCUGCAGCAAAACCUUCAGGCAGAAGACUGGGCUGACGUUCCACAUGAGGACCCACACAGGGGACAAACCGUACGUCUGUAAAUUCUGCAAUCGAGGGUUCGCGUCCAAGUCCAACUGCAUCAACCACGAGAGGACCCACACGGGGGUGAGGCCCUUCGUCUGUCAUUUCUGCUCCGCUGCAUUUGCAAAGUCCUGUACUUUGAAGGCGCACAUCACGACGCACACUGGGGAGGCGAAUUAUCACUGCAAGACGUGUGGGAAGAGCUUCAAAAGACUCAAGUAUUUGAAGGAGCAUAGGUUCACCCAUACUGGGGAGAAGCCUUAUAUCUGUAAGAUGUGUGGCACUGGGUACAGUCACUCCGGGAGCCUUUUUGUGCAUGAGAAAAAGUGCAAGGCUCAGGGGAGGAGUUUUGGAGAGGGGGGAGGGGGGCUUGAGGGUCUCGGGGAGGGUGGGAUCAUGAAAUGGUGAUCCAACAAUUCGAUUGAUUUGUUGGCCCCAUUGCGGGUGGGUUGAAGUGGGUGUGAUCCAUUACAGGUCGAACCAAUAACUUCCCGACCAAUUCCCAUUUUUCUGUUUAUUGGAAUGGGACCAUUCAAAUAUUACGUCACGUGUUUUUUGGAUAUUUUAGACUUUCCCCUUUCCCCCAUCACAAGAUCGGCGCAAAGGUGGGGACACCUUGCUAUAUUACGUCACAAAAUUCAACC